AAAUGGUGGCUUUCAGCGGACUUUAUCAAAGGCUGUUUCGUUUGGCAAAAGGUGCAGCACAAAAGCAGCCCAAGAGUGUCCAGAAAUGGUGUACAAUGAAUUCAGACAUCAUGAAAGACAAACAGACUUCCCUUUCAGGCAGGAAGUGACAGGAAGACCAAAGUGAUGAAUUUGAAGUGUUGGUAUGAGAGGUUCGCAUCAAGUCUGGGUGGAGCAGUCUGCUGUGCCCUUUGAUAGUGUAAGACGCUUCAGUGUUCAAGCGGCGGCCAUGGCUAAGAACUUCAACGCUUUAGAGAUUCCAGUCAGUCAGUUGAGCCAGGCAGUGUCAGAUGGAGAGCUGAACAUGUCCGCGCGCGGUUGUGGAGGCAGCAGCUCCAGCCUUCCAGGGACUCCAGGCGGAGACGUGGGCCCUGCCAACAGCGUGCUGAGCUGGGCUGUCUCGUUUGAGAAGCUGUUGGAGGAUCCCUGUGGGGUCAGUUACUUUACGGCCUUUCUAAAGUCAGAAGUGAGUGCAGAAAAUAUUUUAUUCUGGCAAGAAUGUGAGAAGUUCAGGAAGAUUCCAGCCACGUCCUUGGAAAAGCUUAAAGCAAAAGCUUGCUCCAUCUACAAAACAUACCUGUCUGACUGUGCGCCCUACUCGGUAAACAUUGACGACACUGCCAAGGUAGAAGAAAAAGACCUGGAGCAGCCAACACCUGACAUGUUUAACAAAGCUCAGGCACAGAUAUUCAAACUGAUGAAGAUGGACAGCUACAGGCGGUUUGUGCGCUCUCCUAUGUACCAAAGCUGCACCUUGGCGAGUGUAGAAGGGAAAUUUCUGCCUCAACUUUCUUCUGAGUCCGCCCGCUUGGGAUCGUGGGAGGAAAUAAUCAAUAGUAGCCCCUCAACCGACAAAAAGAACAAGAGAUCAGACUCCAACAGCUUGCCAAGUAGGACUUUUCAACAAAAAAGAGAAUCAUUGGGAGAUCCUCGGAGAGAGCCCCACAUGUCGACCAGCAGCGUGGAGCUUGGCGCCCUCUGCAGGCAGAUGGAGAGUGUUGGGACUCGUGCUGGUUCUGACGGGGGUUACUGCUGCGUCUACCUCCCAGAUGGCAGCGCCUCGCUGGCUCCCACACGCAACGGCCAGCCAAUCAAAGAUAUGCUGGCUAGCCUGUGUGAGAAAAGAGGCUUCCCGCUGAAUGAUGUCGUUAUUUACCUUAAAGGCAAGGACAAGCCCUUACAGCUGGACCAGGACUGUUCGGUGCUGAAAGAUCAGCAGGUCACUCUGGAGCUUAGGGUUAAAUUUGCGCUGGAGAUCGCAUUCAUUGAUAAGACGGUGGUUAUCAUGGCGAAGUCUAAAAAGACGCUGCAGGACGCCCUCUCCGUGGUGAUGCAGAAGCACCAGCUGAAGCCACAGGAUGUUCUGGUUACUAUUGUUGGAAGUGAUGAGCCCGUAAGCAUGAACUGCUCUGUGUACAGACUGGCCAAUAAGACGGUCCGACUCGACAAAAUCAAAGGUAAAGACCAGACCAACAAUUCCAGAGGAAGCUUUUCUCCUACUUUACAGCAUCAGGGAGGAUUGGUGAGUGCAGGUCUGGACUCUCGCUCAUCGCUGCACACAGAUAGAGCCAGGGGGCCGCCCAGACCCAGGAAGAACCGCGAAAUGGAUGGGUUCCUGGACAUGCUGACGAAGGCUCAGUGCUGCAGGGUUGAAGACCAGAGAGGCCUUCUCACCAAGGAGCAGCUUGAGGUUCCUCUGUUCCUGCAGAUCCCCUCUGACGAGGGACAGGAAACCCACGCUUCCGGCGCCACCGGCUCUACCGCCACCGACUCCAAAACAGAAUCGGAGGCGGGCGGAGAAGCCGGUGCCUCUGUUGAAUCCAAACCCAAAGACUUGAGGGAAACGUCAGUUUGACAUAACCUUCAUGAGUAACAUGGACGGUGGAUCCAAAAAUACUUUCUCUCGUGCUUGGAAUUGUGUCGAAUGAGAGAAAUAUUUGUUCGAAUGCACUUUUUGUACCUGUUAAUGAAUAAGCUCUGAGACUGCAGUUUGCUGCCAUAUGUGUGCCUGAUGACUGGCCUUUUGUAGGCUCUGGGCAGAGCCCAAUGUGGCAAGCAGUUAGUGUCUUUAAGAAACACUACAGAUCUUUGACAGGAGAAAGUUUGCCCUGAAUUCUACAAUGGAUUUCGAGAAAGAUGAGUUAUAGCUUAAAAUAUUCCUUAGAUUGGUCAAAUUUUCUUAUCUGUGACUCUUAACUAUCUAAAUUUCUUAUUUUUUUUAAUGUGAACUCUAAGCUAAAGGGAAAUUGAGGGGUCGAGAAGGUUUUAAAGUGUUCUGCAUGACUGUUUUUGGAUAUUUUAUUGAACAUUUUGUAUAAAUUGUGUGUUUAUUUGUUAAUUUCACUGUUUAUUCCUGACCCCUUGUGUGUUUUAGCUUAGUGUUCUGCUUUUCCAGCAUCUGAAACCAUUGUGGUAUUAAUGGAAGCUCACAGGGAUCUGUCACUGAGGUGUUAUCUGAAGAACUUUGAAAUACUUGCUGCACAUGAUGUCAAAUACAAUCUUCAAUCCCUAGCAAAGAA